AGGAGGAGGCACCGCCCCAGCCGUACAGCUUCCGGUAUGACACAACUGACGAGUUUGGCAGCCGUACGACUCGCGAGGAGACGAGCGACGAGAACAACAACAAGGUUGGAUCCUACAGCUACGUAGACGCGAAUGGCAUUUCACGCACGGUGCGCUACGUCGCCGAUGCCGAGGGCUUUCACGUCACCAUAGAGACUAAUGAGCCCGGAACUCGGACCUCCAACCCUGCCCAAGCACAAAUCACCUCCACGGCGGUCGAGCCACCACCUGAAGCCGCUCCUGUCGCCGUGCAGGCCUUGCACGGUGUCCCAGCCGGCGUAGUUGUGCGCUCUGCACCGACGGCCGUAACGCUGCAUGCGGCUCCCGUGGAUGCCGUACAGGCAGCACCUGUUGCCGUUCACGCUGGUCCUGCUGCAGUACACGCAGCACCCGUGACCCUUCACGCCGCGCCCAUCUCAUUCGCAACGGCACAGCUCAGAGUACCCGUCUCGGUGCAGAGGAAAGCCAAGAGUCGUUAAAGGACGUUCAAGACUCGCUUGUUACAAUAUUAAGGUAUCAAGGCAACUUUGGUGUUUAGUUUACAGUUUUUUUUGUUCAUUGUAACUCUCUUGUGCGUGCUGAUAAGCUUAUUGUUUCAAUAUUGAACGUUGAAGGCGUAGUAAUAAGCUAAACUGUGUUUCAGAAAUCACCUAGUGCUAUUUCUAAUGCUCCCUUUUUUUUCUGGAUGAUGCAAUGUCAAUAUCAGGGUAUUUGUAAGACUAGGAAAAAAUGUACCCCAGGCAUGAAACCAGACCAUGCUCCACGCAGUGUAAGGAGAAAAAGUGUGGGUUACUCUUUUCAGUGAGGCCUAAUUUUGCGCGUACACAACUGACUGCAAAACAUACACGCAAAAUCUGUUUUUAUCUCUAAUCUAUAUGAUUUCAGUAGAAUAAUCUGUGAAAACAUUGAACAUGUCUGUUCAAAGAGAGUCAUACGCUCGGAAAAUGAGCAUUCCCAAGAGCCAAAGGAGUCAUUUUGUUUCCUAGAGUGCGCCACCACACGUUAUGUAACGGUUUGUACGUAUAGCUCAUCUAACAGUGUAUUCUUCUUCAUCCCUUAAUAAUCCUAUAUAAUCCAUACGUUUUCAGCACCAGUGUCGGCGUUAGUUGCCCCUCUAACCCGAUUUAUCUUGAUAUGAGGUGGUCAGAAAUAUUUUAAGAUCUUUUUUCUCAUGUUUACAGCUCAACAUAGGAUUAUUACUAAUUCACUAAGCUAGAAAGGCAUUGCGUGUUCCUCUGGUCAAGCCACUGCACAUCCCGAAUGGCCCUGGUGUAGCUCUUGCCAUUAGGAUUACACAGACAUGACACCUUAAUUUCGCUACAUAGAAUAAGUUGCCGGUGCCACCUUCUUGUAAAUAUUUCUCUCAGUUAUCAAUAGGCUAAGUUAGUGCAGAAGCUACGCUUCAGUUUGUUUGGUGAAUGUGAGGAAUGCAAUGAAGGGUGAUAUUAAAAUAUGCGAGAAUAAUUUUCGUUAAUUUUAUGAAAGCGUAAAAAAAGCCCCAAAAGGUUUAAUUUCCCAGUCACGUCAGCAUACUUGCACUGACUGCCCUAACAAUUGCCUCUCCGUAGUACAGCGUUCAUGCGAGGGACCAUUCGGGAAAUAUAGCCUUUGAGACGGUGUUUACCUGUUUUCUAAAAGACAAUCUGAUGUUAUAUGUGAACUGUUUGUCUACCUAUGUACACGAAUGUCUUGUAUUGUAAGCCCAAUAAAAGAUAUCAACCUCGUUCA